AAGUGACGCUUGUAAUGCUGAGACAGACUCCCAGAUCUCAGCAAGUCGCGUAGCUGAGCCCGGCAGGUCCAGUGGGGUCGUGCCGCUGCUAUGAGCUGCACCAUCGAGAAGAUCCUGACAGAUGCCAAGACGCUGCUGGAGAGGCUGCGGGAGCACGAUGCGGCCGCUGAGUCACUGGUGGAUCAGUCGGCGGCGUUGCACCGGCGGGUAGCCUCUAUGCGGGAGGCGGGGACGGCGCUUCCGGAUCAGGUCAGGCAGAGGUAUCAAGAGGAUGCAUCCGAUAUGAAGGACAUGUCCAAAUACAAACCUCACAUUCUGCUGUCCCAAGAGAACACACAGAUUAGAGACUUGCAGCAGGAAAACAGAGAGCUCUGGGUUUCCUUGGAGGAACACCAGGAUGCUUUGGAACUCAUCAUGAGCAAGUACCGGAAACAGAUGUUACAGUUAAUGGUUGCUAAAAAAGCUGUGGAUGCCGAACCAGUCCUGAAAGCUCACCAGUCUCACUCUGCAGAAAUUGAGAGUCAGAUUGACAGAAUCUGUGAAAUGGGAGAAGUGAUGAGGAAAGCAGUUCAGGUGGAUGAUGACCAGUUUUGUAAGAUUCAGGAAAAAUUAGCCCAAUUAGAGCUUGAAAAUAAGGAACUUCGAGAAUUAUUGUCCAUCAGCAGUGAGUCUCUUCAAGCCAGAAAGGAAAACUCAAUGGACACCACUUCACAAGCCAUCAAAUAACUGAGCUCUGAAUGAUGGCUGGAGAUUGUCUAUCAAAGAAGGAAGUUACUAUCUUCCCAUUCAAGUACUGUUCAUUAAGUGUCUUGCCUCAGAUUUGAUUUAACCUUGAUUACAGUUAUCAGGUGGCAAUUUAGAAUUUCCAGUCAAUAUUGCUGUCCAUGAAAACGGUUCUCAGAUGUAUUAAUGUGGAUACAUGCUGAAUUUCACUAUUCCUUUCUCAAAGAGACUACUUUUAAUUUUUAUUUCUGGGACCUUGAUUUAUAUAAACUGUGUUUUCAAUUCAUUGUUAUUUUUCACAUCUCUGAAACUUUGAGCAUUUUUUUAUAAGCCAGCAAUUUUAUUAUGUAUAGCAUUGUAAAAUACACUCCUAGGAAAUUUUAGGAGAGAUUUAACUUUUUAAAUUUAUUUGGCAUAAACCUUGGUUUAUCUUUUUUUUUUCAUUUGAUAUAAAUAAUACAAUUCCACAGAACUAAAUCAGUUGAUUCUCUGAUUUGUAAUGUCAUUCGCCUGUGAAGUUUUAAGUCUCUCUGGUGCUAAGAAUUGGCACUUUAUGGCCUGGUGCCUUUGCUUUUAAUUUGAGAGAACCUACUGCUAGUCCCAGGAAACAUACUUGGAAAUAAGUCAGCUAUAUUUUUCCCCAGUGAUAGUAUAGUUGUCAUACAUUGUUCAAAGUUCACAUUGUUCAAAGCUGAGGAACUUGUCUUGUGUAUGUGCAUGCACACAUGUAAGUGCACUUAUUUCAAAUACUAAAAUUAGCUUUUAUUAAAUACAAUCAGCCAAAAACACAAGAAAAUCAAAAAACCCAAAUAUAAUGAGUCAAUUUUUCUUAGCUUUUUUUUUUGAGACAGAGUCUCACUCUGUUGCCAGGCUGGAGUGCAGUGACACGAUCUCAGCUCACUGCAACCUCCAACUCCCUGGUUCAAGUGAUUCUCCUGCCUCAGCCUCCCAAAUAGCUGUGAUUACAAGCACAUGCCACCACGCCCAGCUAAGUUUUGGAUUUUUAGUAGAGACAGCGUUUCAGUAUGUUGGCCAGGAUGGUGUCGAUCUCCUGAUGUCAUGAUCCACUCGCUUCAGCCUCCCUGAGUCAAUUUUUCAAUGUUAUCCUACUAGUUCUACAUUCUAUUUUAACUUUUAUAUAAUUUCCAUGUUGUAGUUAAGAACUGUCACUUACUUGGAUUAGAUGCCUUUCACUCCUAGUACUAAUAGUUGACUUUCUUUUUAGGUCUAUUUUUUACAUAAAAGUAGCUUUUUUUCUUUUUAAAGCUAUAUACAAAGGUAAGGAAGCAGUUUUAUUACCUAAUGAGAAUUAUUACACUCAUAGUGCUAUGUAGGCAACAUUGAGAUAAAAAUGCCCAGUGGUCAGCUGGAUUCACUCAUCAAAUCAUUCCCGGUUCAGUUUACUCACAUUUCACAUUUAUAAAUUUCUUCAUGUUACACUAUUGUAUUUAGAUUUGCCCAGAAUUCGUUGAAAUAAUGCUAAACUUGUAUUUUCCAAUAACAUUAAGCAGCAUAAUGCAUGGGAGAGACACAGUAUUAAAAAGAGUUGUUAGUGCUGUAUGUGAUGUAAUAUUUCUUUCAUACAUCUAUAAAGAACUAACUCCAGUUAAAACAACAGAAUCUUUCAAAGAUGUCCUAAAGCAUCUGAUCCCAGUAAUACUAAUGGAUGUCACCUAGAGCACUGGGUGUUAAUGAAUAGUUAUAUGUCAUUUAAGAAUUUUUCAAAUUUCUGUUCUAGAUCCUGCAUAGCAUUUGACAAAAAAAACACCUCCAAAUGUGAGUGUUUUUUCAUUUCAUUUCCCAAGAGUAAGUAAUUAGCCCAGCUAUUAUCUGCCUUGCAGUGUACCUUAGGUGACCCCAUAAGUCCAUUCAGGAGACAGGUACUAGAGUACCAUUUAGCAGCCAUGGCCAAAUCUACCAUGGCUAGAUUUCAGUGAAAAUGAUAAAAUAAUCAAAUUAAGGUAUAAUAUGGUAUCCCUUUGUCUGCUUUAUAUUCCUUUAGAGCUGUUUAUAAAGUUCUUUGUAUCUCAAGCAUCAGGAUAAAUCUGCAUAUUAACUUUUUCCCCUGGGAAAUCAAAAGCCUGAGGUACAAGUCUAAGAAGCUUUUAAUGCCCUGUAUAAUAUAAAUUCUGGCUGGUGUUAAUGCUAUGAAGAUAAUGUGUAGUUAGCAAAUUGAGUGGGGGAGAAAUGUUCUUCCUUUUAAAUGGAUUUUCAAGUUUCUUCUUCGGUGGCUGAAGAACUUACCUGGUUAAAAUCUUAGUUCAAAAUUAUCUUUUCUAACAAAAAUUGCAUUUUUAGAAGAUUAGUUAAUUUUACUCACUAAUAAGUCAAAUUAGGAAAUGCAGAGGUUUUUUUUUCAUAUAUAAAAACAUCGUCAAGUAGUCAUCACAAGAAUCAUACAUACUUUGUAAUUAGCACAGUAUAACUGUAGUGUAACUCUACAAAUAGUACUUUAUAUUGGUGUAGUAUUAUAUCAAUAUCUAUAAUUCUUAAUUAUUAACACUUUAUGCAUAAUUAGAUUCAAACAUUGAAGGUUUAUUUUAGUAUUCUUCAAAAUGUAGUUCCCUGACCUACUGAAAUAGAACUUUGGAGAUGGAGUUCAAGAAUUUGUAUUCUAAUAAUCAUCCCAGACAAUUCCUAAAGACACUCAUUUAAAAAUGUCUAGUCUAGGCCCCAUUGUGUAAUGAUUAGCACUCUAAAAGAUUAAAAAGAAGAAGUCUAGUCUAUGUGCCAACUACUUCAUUAAUAGUUAUGCAUUUAAAAGUGAAAAAUUCUGGUACAGGAGACAAGUGUAUAUAUCAUUAUAAUGCAGUGCGAGAAAUCCAUUAUGUAAGUCUAUAGGAUACAGAAAAGGGACUUCAAACUUGAGAAAUCAGUAGAAAUAAUAAAUGAGUAGGAGGGAAGUAGAAAACCUUGGUGCCACAAAAGCAGAGUAUAUAUGGUAUUGCCAAUAAUGGCUACCAUCUAUUGAGUGCUUUACUAUGUGUCAGGUACUGUAUUAUAUAAUCUCCACUUUAACUGUACCUCAUUUUGCAGAUACUCAGGCACAAGGAGGUGGUUAUUUGUCCAAACUGGAACCAAGAUUCAAACCCAGACAGUCUUAGGCACAUCUUUAAUCACUAACUUGAGAUGCCUUUAAAUGCCAAAUACUGCGGGGAGUUCAAAUGUUUCUUGAAUAGCAAAAUCUAUUUUGAUUAAUAGUGCAACAGUGUGAAACACCACAGUUCAUAUAUUAGAAAAUAUUAUGAAUUCAAUAAAUGAAGUCUUAGCUAAUGAGAUAGUGUUUUCUAGAAUGGUAUAGCUGAGAGUGUGUGUGCAUUCAACUAAAGGGAUAAUGUAAAACCAGUGACUCAAUAUAUUAUACACAGGAAAAGGCAGUUGUGUCUUUCAAAUCUGCCUCCUUACCAUGUUGGCUUUCAUCCCUCGUGCUGUUUUCUUGGGUUUGCUAGAAAGUUGUUGCUGAGCCAAAUGUCAUGCCAUGUUUAAGGUAGGGAAGAAAAAAUGGAAAUGCCCUGUGCCAGCUACAUAUAUCCCCUUUUAUGAGGGAAAAUAGAGCUUUCCCAGAAAUUCCAAACGGAUUUCCCCUUGACUUAAUUGCCUACCCAGUUAAAUGGCCACUGGUACCUGCAAAGAAAGCAGGGUACAUAACUGUCCCAAAUAAAAUCAGUAUUACCAAGAAGAAAGAAUGCUGAGAAAGUAACUAACAGUAUCUGUGACUGUUACAUUGUCAAGUCCUUUCCCCUUGAAUAUAGUUUUGGAAGAAUUAGCUGAAGGAGUGUGUUAAUGUUGAAUAGCCAAGAGCAUGGACUGUAGCAAACAUCUGUCAUUUCUCUUUUAGCUGCCCAGUAUCUUAACUCCUGUGUUUAGGGAAUCCCUCAGCUAAUGAGGCAGAGCAUUCCACAUUCCUCCCUCCUAAAGAAUUUGAAACUACCAGGUAAAUGUUUUCUCAGCCUCCUUUGCAGCCUUCAGCUUUAAAGUUAGUGAUAUAAAGAAGCAAGGAACCAUGCAGAUUCCUUUGAAGAUGGUAACUAACAAAACUACUGCAUUCAUUUCCACAGAGGAGCAGCAAAAGUGGUUUAGUGAUAAUCUCUAAUUCCUUUUUUUUUGGACAAGAGUCUUGCUCUGUCACCCAGGCUGGAGUACAGUGGCACUAUCUCAGCUCACUGCAAUCUCCGCCUUCUGCGUUCAAGCAAUUCUCCUGCCUCAUCCUUCCUCCCUCAGCUGGGAUUACAAGUGCCCACCACCACGCCCGGCUAAUUUUUGUAUUUUUAGUAGAGAUGGGGUUUCUCCAUGUUGACAGGCUGGUCUGGAACUUCUGACCUCAGGUGAUCUGCCCACCUCAGCCUCCCAAAGUGCUGGGAUUAUAGGCAAGAGUCACCAUGCCUGGUCUGUAACCUCUAAUUCUUGUUUGCUGGGUGUCCUAGAGAUCCUGAGAAUUACUUUUAAUACAAUCAGGGGUUUUUUGUUGUUGUUAAAACCUACCUGAAUUGCUUAUAACCAAGAACUCUGCUUGAUAAAAUAAGCAUAGUUUUGGGAACAACCAUACACAUAUAAAUUUUAUUAAUACUUUACACAUAAUUUUUGACUUAAAUGUAAUUUGGAUGCUUAUAAAAGGGUAAAUGUGGAAUGCAAAUAAACUAUCAAGUAUAAUAACUCAUCACCUAACUUAAGAAUGACAACAUUAGCAGAGCUUGCAUUUCAUCUAUUUGAGCUCCUCUCCUAUCUUUGCCCACCCCCCUGCCCUUUUUAAUAGUUUUAUUCACAUGUAAAAACACCUGAAAUACAUAUGUAUCCCUAAAGUGACUUACUUUUUAGUUUUCUUUCUUUUUGAACUUCAAAAAAAAGUGUAUCAUACUCUAUGUAGUCCAAGGAUUUGAUUCUUUUUUCACUUAUCUCUAACAUUCAUAUGUUUUAUUGUUUUAUAUCUGUCAUUUUCAUGGAUGUAUAUUUCAUUGUUGGAUCAUACAACAUAUUGUUAAGGAAUAUAUACAUAUAUAAUAAAUUAUACAUUUUUUAAAAAUC